GACGUACGAGUCCUCUACAGUCAGAUGGCGGGACGUGAGGUGGACGAACCUGACGCUCCCAUAGAAACCAGCCUGGACCAGAUCCUGGCCUACAUCAGGAGCCACUGGGAAAAGGUGACGGAGAGGAACCGGGCUGAGACCGACAGCUACCUGGAGUGCAAGGAGGCGCAGUGUGUGAGCAGACUGAGUCCUGAGGAGGAGCAGGUGGAGGCACUGAAGGCUGAGUGCAACGAGACCGGCUGCAAGAUCCAGAGCCUGCAGGCCGAGACCGAGUCCAUCAGAGCGCUGAGGCGUGGUCUGGAGAACUCGCUGGGUGACGCCCGUCACUGGCACGACAUGGAGCUUCAGAAUCUGGGCUCAGUGGUGGCAAAGCUGGAGGCGGAGCUUGCAGACGUGCGUGGCGAGAUCGAACAGCAGCGUCGCGACUACGACACAUUGCUUAGCAACAAGCAACGACUGGAGCAGGAGAUCGGCAUGUACCACGGCAUCCUGGAUGGAGAGGAGAGCCGCUUCCAGCCCGCAGACACGCUGUGA